AGAAGCGGACGGUGUUGUCGUUCCUGAAAUGUGGGAAACGUUUUGUCUCUCGACGUGGUUCUUGUUUUAAAAAAAUAUACUUUACGACACCGAGACUUGAAAUGGCUGACUACUGGAAGUCACAACCGAGGAAAUUCUGCCAGUACUGCAAGUGCUGGAUCGCGGACAAUAAGCCUAGCGUCGAGUUCCACGAAAGAGGGAAGAAUCACAAAGAAAAUGUGGCUGCAAAAAUCUCUGAGAUUAAAAAGAAGAGCAUCGACAAGGCCAAGCAGGAGGCACGCGAGACGAAAGAGUUUGCGGCGAUGGAGGAGGCCGCGCUGAAGGCUUACGAGGGAGAUCUAAAGAGGAUGGAAAGGGAGUCGGCAGGAUUACCAGCUCUAAUAACUGCACAGCCACAAAAACAACCACAGGUCAGACCUCAGGUCAGACCUCAGGCGAGACCUCCGGCCAAAAAACAGAAAAAACAAGGGAAAGCGAACAUGAAUGCGAGAGGCCGAACGGAAGCGCAGGUGUGGGUCGAAGGACAGACGGAAGAUGGACACGCGUACUACUACAACACAAUAACUGGAGAAUCUAAAUGGGAAAAACCAGAGGUUUUCCAGGGAGAAAACCCGCCCUACGCACAGCCUGGACAGACUGAGAGCUCUUCAGGCCGUCCUUGGAUGGAAGCCGUCAGUCCUGAUGGUUACACGUAUUACUACAAACCAGAGACCGGAGAGACCAGCUGGGAGAAGCCAGCAGGCUUUCCUUCAAUUGAAGCGUCUGGAUCUGCGACCAACAAAGAGGGAGAGAGUCAGGGGGAGCCUUCCAGCCCUCAGCUUGAGCCGCAACCAGGAGGAGAGGAGAGCUCCGGCGGGGCCCCGGCAUCUCGGGCGGCUGAAGUCCCUGAACAAGAAAGCCAGCAGUCCAAAGUUCCAAAGAUUAGCUUCAGGAAAAGGAAAGCAGAAGCCGAGCCGUCGGAAAAAGAGGGAGAAGAUAAAGCGAGUGAUGAUGCUCCUAAACAGGAGGCUGAACAGAUGAAAAAAGAGGAAGAGGUCCAAAGCACGACGGCUGAACAGGUGAAAAAAGAAGAAGAGGUCCAAAGCACGACGGCUGAACCUGAAGAGAAGCAAAAGGAAGAGGCGCCACCAGUGAAGAAACAAGUCAGAAGGCCAAAAACUGCCAAUCCAUAUGGAACCUGGGAAGAGAUCCAGGAAGAGGAGGAUCCAUAUGCCAAGGUGGAUUUACAGUUGCCUCAGGUGGAGGGAUACAGCGUCGGCGCUCCGGCCGACCUGCCGCCAGAGCCGAAACCCAAGUUCAAGGAACGCAUCAUCACGUCCCUCGGAGGGGAAGGCGGACCUGCUUCGUUCAGGAAAAACAAGACGCAGAACGGCAAAUCCAGGAGCAUCCGACAGAGAGACGACGACGACGACUGAACGUUUUACACGGAUGAAACUCUUUCUAGGAACUUUACAUUUUUCAAGCAUAUUAAAUGUAUUACGAGCGUUUUACUUCUCUUUGCGUAAGAUUCCCCGGCUUUUUAGGACAAAUUGAUAAUGGUGUUUCUUUAAAAAAAAGCUUAAGGUUUUAGUGUUUUUUCCUAUCGUAAAAAAUGUCUACCAUUGGACGCAACCCACGUUCUGUUCUUUGUACAGAGAUCCGUCAUAACGAAGGUGUGCAACACCUUUCUGGUCUUGUCUUGUCUCAUCUAUGCGAUAUUGUAGUUUCAUCCUGUUGUCCGUUAAGGGCAGAUUUACUUAUAUAUAUAUAUACAGCAGUUCCAAUGUUUUGUAUUUUCCAUAUUUGUAUUUUUCUUAUCAUUGUGGAAAUAGUCGAUUGUCAAACUCUCUUAAAGGAGCAAGAUCAAAGACGACGAUGUGGUCUCAAUAAAGGAUGAUUGUGCGGAUGCUGAAAACUGUAAAAAGGCAGUUAAUAUUUAUAAUAAGAGGUCAAAACGAGUAGAGUAAAAAAGUGUAGGCUGCCGGUCAGCUGGCAAAGACGUGGAGGGCGUGACAUGUUUUUGGUGAGAGCGAGUGUGUAUAAAGCUGAUAUGUGGUUUGACCGCACCCUGAUACGAAACGGCAGGACCGAAGGAUUGAUUACGACGUGGGCAACCAAAUUCCCACUUUGAGGAUAAAUGAUAAAACUGUACGUUUGAGAAAAUUGACAUAAUAUAUCUGGCAUUAGCGGUAUGUAAUUGUUUUAGUAGAUGUGUGAAGCAAAUGCAAUUCGUUGAUCCUAAAGCAGUUUAAAAUCAUUGAUCAUUUUUAAAUAUCUAUUACUCAUUUAUAAAGCUAUUGCGUUAUUUAGAGAAUUACCAUGACACAAAUACAUAAUUUCACAUUUUUAUUAGAAAAAUAAAAACCCUUUAAGUACGAGUCAACUGUAGUCUGGCUUACAUUGCGUCAAUGUGACUAUUGCACAAGCAUACAUUAAUAUUUAUAUAUAAAUAAUGAAUCGUCACAUUGCAUCCACCAAAUGACAUACAGGUGCAUCUCAAUAAAUUAGAAUAUCGUGGAAAAAUUUAUUUCGAUAAUUCAAUUCAAAAAGUGAAACACAUAUAUAGAGUCAUUACACACAGAGUGAAAUAU